AACAAGGCUACAGUAUAUUGACAGAAAACUUUGUAAAACCAAGGUGGUAAUUAAAGUCACAAUGGUCCCCAUCAAAACCGUCGCUGUGUUGGGAGGCUCACGCAACCUUGGCUCCUCUAUAGUUCACGAGCUCCUCUCGGCAGGCUUCACCGUCACGGGCAUCACGCGAGAGGCAUCCACCAGCUCGACCCCAACGUUUCCCGACAGCGUCCCCAUCAAGAAGGUGGAUUACACCUCGUUCGACGCGCUCAAGGCCGCCUUCCGAAACCAGGACGCCGUCGUGUCUGUUGUGGGUGUUGCCGCCGCAGUCGUCGACCAGAAGAUUGCCAUCGACGCCGCCGCGGAGGCGGGCAUCAAGCGGUUCAUUCCGUCCGAGUUUGGGAUCAACACGCGCAAAUUGCGCCCCCUUUCUCACUCGCUUCGCAAGAUACUGGGGGACAAGAUCGCCGUGGUGAAUUACCUGGAGGAGAAGGCACAGGAGGUAGAUGGUUUCACGUGGACGGGGCUGUCGACCGGCUUGUUUCUCGACUGGGGCCUCGACGACUCCGGCCUGGGCAUCAUCAACCUCAAGGACAAGACGGCCACCGUCGUCGAUUCGGGCGACGAGAAGUUUCAAGCCAGCAACCUCGCUCAAGUCAGCCGCGCGGUGGUGGGCAUUUUGAAGCACCCCGAGGCGACGGCCAACAGGUACCUUGCCAUGGCAUCAUUCAAUAUAUCGCAGAAUGAGCUGAUCGCGAUGGUCGAGGAGUUGACGAAAUCAAAGCUUGCCGUCACGCGCGUUAGGUGGUCGGAUUUGGAACUGGCCGGGGAGUUGAAGCUUGUUGCAGAAGAUGGUCCGGCCGCCUUUGUCGACUUCUUGAGGGUGCAUACCUCGGCGGAUGGAGCUGGGAAUGCGCUUAGUGAGGAAGAGAGUGCAAACGGACUUAUCGGGCUGCCGUACGAGGACGUGAAGUCCUCGGUGGAAAGUUGGCUGAGGCGGGAGGGGGCGUUGUAG